AUCCCCCUCUUCUCCUCUCGGAAUACACAGAGUCCAGACAUCGAGGUACACUGGAGAUCGAGAAAGCUCUCUCAAUCUCUGCUAGCCAUACACAAAACCUAGCAACCACAAUCCACAAGAUCCGGAAUUCCUAGCCAUGACAACAGCAGUAGUGUUCGGCUGCACUGGAGCCGUGGGCUCUCAAAUCCUCGCGACAAUCCUCUCCACGGAUACAUUCUCAGCCGUCAAGACUAUCUCAAGGAGGCUCCCGAAUGCUCAGUCUCCGAAGCUCCAGGCCAUCGAAGAAGGCGACAGCUCAAAAUGGGCCAGCAUGCUCCCUUCCCUCUCCCCCAAGCCGUCAGUGUUCUUCAAUGCAAUCGGUACCACUAGAGUGGCAGCCGGCGGAAUCCAGAAUCAGUGGAAGAUCGACCAUGACCUGUGCAUAGAGAACGCGAAGGCAGCCAAGGCGGCCGGGGCGACGACGUACGUGUACAUCUCCAGCGCCGGGACCAGAGGCUUCCCAACUCGCUACCUGCCCUAUUCGAAAAUGAAGAAUGGCGUUGAGGAUGCCAUCCGGGACCUCGAUUUCGAACACGCCAUCAUCGUGAAGCCUGGAACGAUCAUCCACAGGGAGCAGAGCAAGGUUCUCUUCUUUGAGCGCGCCGUUGAAUGCGUCAGUAUGUUUGGGCAGGGCCUCCAGGAUAUGAUAGGCCAGGAUCAAGCCAUAAUCGGUAGAGCAGCUGUGGCAGCCGCUCGGAUGGCUGAAGAGGGCAAAGCACCGUCAAAAUUCUGGGUUGUGAACAUGUCUGAUAUCGUCAAGUAUGGCAGGGACGAGUGGAAGGAAUAAAAUCACUUGGUGGAGACCAUAGGCUGCGGCGCAUUGAUCAUAUCGCACUGAGACAUACUUAAAUAUUUUUCAAACAAACAGAUAAUAUGAAAAAAAAAAAUUGUUCUAC